AAUACAAAUACAACAAAUGGAAGGCUCAUAUUUUGCUUCAUCAUCUAAUGUUGAAAAUCAAAUUGAACCAUAUGAUUUCUUUGCAGAUAAAACCCAAAAUGCAUUUGAAUUUCUUAGUUUGUCUCAACCAUGUGAUAAUAUAGACAAAAUAUCCAAUGAUCAAGAAAACCCUAAUUGGGACAAUAACAAAGAGGAUGAUGUGACUGUCGCCUUACACAUUGGUCUUCCAAAUUCCAGCAAUAAUAUUAUUCCAACUGAUCAUCAUAACCAAGGCGAUGGAAAUAUUAUUGGAGCAGCCACCCAAUAUUGGAUACCAACUCCAUCACAAAUUCUUGUUGGCUUCACACAUUUUUCAUGUCACAUUUGUCACAAAACUUUCAACCGUUACAACAAUCUUCAGAUGCACAUGUGGGGUCACGGUUCACAAUAUAGAAAAGGACCAGAAUCACUCAAAGGAACACAACCAAGAGCCAUGUUAGGGAUUCCAUGCUACUGUUGUGAAGAAGGUUGCAAGAACAACAUAAAUCACCCAAGGGCUAAGCCAUUGAAGGAUUUUCGAACCCUACAAACACAUUACAAGAGGAAGCAUGGGACAAAGCGUUUCGCGUGCCGGAAAUGUGGUAAGUGCCUGGCUGUGAAAGGGGACUGGAGAACUCAUGAGAAAAAUUGUGGGAAACGUUGGCUUUGUAGUUGUGGUUCGGAUUUUAAACACAAGAGAUCUUUGAAGGACCAUAUCGCGUCAUUUGGUGAAGGUCACGGGCCCUGUCCUCCUACUAAUAAUUCAUUUGAAGGUAUUGAAGUUCAGAGAGCUGGAAAUUUUUUCGUUUAAUACGAAUUGGUGUUUCUUUAGGAGUUGAAUUAAGAAGAAUUAUCAAUAGGAAGUUUAAUUUCUUGUUAUCUUUGUGCCUAAUGACUAGCAGUUUAUUACCAGCACAAAUUAGUAAACGUAUCGAAAUA